GUCCUUUUAAACAGACACACAUGUUAGGCAUGAUCGAAGAACAAACAUAUAUGCAUAGUUUUGCCUCCUAUCUUUAUAUAGGAGCUUUGUUUUUAUGUAGAGAAUAUCGAUAGUUCUCAUUGAUUUCUGUAUCGCAUAACGUGACUGCCUUGUUGUAGUAGUAGUAGUAGUAUGCUAUCCUUAUAACCACUUAAGUCUGUUUUAGUCAAGAGUACAUAACCUGUUAAUGUGACCAUUUUUUCUCCAGUUUACUUACGAAUGAGACUGAUAAAUGCAUUCACACAGUCAAUAAGGGAUGGAUUUAUUCGUGAUUAUUUUUUAUUCAAGGAAUUAGUUCCUGUUAUUUCCUGUGAGUUGUAUCAAAACUUUGCAAACAACAUCAAGAUUUUACCAAUAUUCAUGUUCCGGAGACACUAACUGGAUGGAUAAAGAAAUUUUUCUAAAACCAAUGAACUCUUCAUCACAUCUGGAAGUUGUAACUUAAUGAUUUUAGGCUUUCUUAAUAGGAUUUCAACUUUAAUUAGUGAUUGUGUUUCAAAAAAGAGUCAACACAUGCUCUCUGAAUGUGAUGUUCAAACCUCACCUCAUUAUCAAACUAUUUCAAACAUUAUACAGUAUAAAGUAAUAUCAAGUUAUUCGGCUACAUAUAAAUUUGUCUGUGGAGUUACAGUUUCUCACGCCGCUUACCUUUUUCACUUACUACACAGCUAUUGGUCAUUGAUAUAUGCACCGAAAAUCUUCAAAGGAGUCUGUUUAACACGUCUUUAUUUGCUUUUUGCGGGUGUUUUGUCAGAAUUGUGUAGUAACAGGGAUAUAUUCCAACCUUUAGCAAGUUUAUCGGAAUUUCCUCCAGUGACAAUUUUUAAUACAGACCCUGGAAAUGGUAAUCAUCAGAAGACAUACAAGCUGAUUAUUCGUCAACUCCACUUACAAUUUACUCUAUCUGAAAAUUCGAAAGGUGAAAAUUCUCUUCAUUCUCUCAUCAAUUUUUCCGAAACUCUUUCAAAUUUACUGCACCAAUCCGUAGUUUCACUCCAUGCUGCAUAUCUCCCGGUAACAGUAACUGAUAGCAUAUACAGUUCUUCUGAAACAAAAUCGAUAUAUGAGUUUGUUAUGAAGAAGUAUUGGUUUCGGUAUUUAGUCAAUAAGUCACAUUUUAUUCCCUAUGUGCCUUGUAUAAUUCAUCCGGAGUAUUCCUCGAAUGUAAAUAGUUGCACACCCUGCAUUCAUACUAACAAAGCUACACACGUUUCUUUCAGUAUUACUGAAAAUAACACUCAAAAUAUGACCGCUCAUCAGCACAAAAGUGAGAGGUCUUUCUAUACUCCAAAUUCCAACCAGGAAUUGUCAAAACACCGUUCUUAUGCAUUAGUAUCAGCCAAUUCAUCAAUACAUCCCCCAUUAUUAAACGACAACUUGUCAAUUCCACCAAGACGCCAAAACUCAACAUCUUCAGAAACCGACGAAAUAAGUUCCCAGCAGGUCGGUCAUUUGUUUUCGGAUAGCCCUCGUGUCGCAUACGGUUCUCACAAUGUCCCCCGGAUACACUUUAAACGUCAUAUUCAGAAUUUAAAAUAUGGUACCAAUGCAACGGCUUUUUCUCCCUAUAUGUUUCCUGAAAUCUUGGAUUCUGAUGAUUUAUGUCGAAAUCACCAAUGUCAGCAAAGCUGUUGUUGUUGUUGUUGUUGUUCUAGUAUAAGUUUUAAAACUCCUUUUAGACAGCACACAUGUACCACUCCACAACAUGAGGUUUGGGAUCCUCAUAUCAACUGCUAUGAAUCUACUUUUCCAUACUGUUAUCACAUGGCUCCAUUUUACUGUAGAGGUAUUAUUCCUUCAAGGAUGAGGUGUUCUGGAUUUUGUCGGCUUUUGCAUCAUGCUGGCGUAGAUCGUUUUCCCCAACCAACAUAUGAUACCGAUUCUUCUUUCGGAGUUUUUGUUGAUAUGACAAACCAAAAUGUCUCUAUAUUUGUUGAACGUCUUCCACCAAUUGAUAACGACAACACUGACAAUAUUGGAUCUAAGCUUUCCGGAAGUUUACCUUGUUCCAAUUGUUAUGAAUCCAGUGGCUUCACGAAAUGUAUAAAAACGUGUAAAAGAAAUACGAAGAUCUGGAUUCAUUUUUACGCUGCAUGAACAAUGGAAUGAAUGAUUCAUGCCAAAUUAGUUGCCGAAAUGCUUGCUCAUCACUGUUAGAAUAUGAACAAACCGCUUCCCAUAGAGAAUUCGCAUGCACUAGAUGUCAACUAUCGUCUUCACUCUAUUCUUGUCCGAGUGACUUAUAUAUCAUUAAAGAGGGUUUACGUGAUGCGACCUGUAGGUUUUGUCGUAGUCAUUAUUUGCAUCCAAAAUACUACUCAGGAUUUAGGCUUUGUCAUGUAUGUAAAACAUGUGAGUUAAAACAUUCACUGAGAAAUCAUAAUAAGAAUAUUUGUAUAUUUCGUAAUUCGGCAGUCAGUUAUUCUGGUGAAUUGUGUCGUGUCUGCUCUAAGAAAAGUUACAUAUGCAGUGACAAAUUAAAUGAUCUACUGUUCAAAUCGUAUACUUGCUCGGCAUUAGCGUCCACACCUCAAUGGGUAUAUAUUCCUGAACCGAUACGCCUCCCUAGAAACCGUGAUGUAUGCAAUGCUUUGCGCACUUGUCUUGUUCCUUAUGAUCAGUUGAGAAACUAUGUUCACAGCUCACCGCCUCCAAGACAAUGGAGAAGAUUGGCUGAUCCAAACAAGGAUGGAUUUGCAUUUACCCUAAUGUGUUACAAUCUACUGAGUCCUAACUAUGCUACACCAAUGAUGUACCCAUACUGUCCUUCUUGGGCUUUAAGCUGGGAUUACCGGAGGCGAGCUAUUCUUGAUGAAAUACGCAUAUAUCAUGCAAACAUUAUAUGUCUACAGGAGUUGCGAACUGAUCAGUUUGAAGAGGUUUUCAAACCGGAGUUACAAAAGUUGAACUAUGAUGCUGUCUUUUUACCAAAGAGUAGAAGGCGGACGAUGGAGUUAAAAGAGAGUAAAAAGGUCGACGGAUGCGCUAUAUUUUGGCAGACGGAUAAGUUUGAAAAGCUGCAUGAAUUUCACCAUGAAUUUAUGCUUUCGUGCACAAGUAUGUGUGAAAAUCCUUCACCAACUAUGCUGAAUCGUGUUGGCGCACGUGAUAAUGUUGCAGUGGGCGUUAUUUUUGAAACUAAGGGAGCUUUUGAUGGUACUGGAGGACGUCAGUUCUGUGUUACAACUGGUCACAUUCAUUGGGAUCCUGAACACUCAGAUGUAAAGGUGAUUCAAACGAUUUUGUGGACGGCGGAAUUAUGGGCGUACAUUGAUAGAUUUCUUAAAACAUCUAGAAGCGCCGCGAAACAAUUAUCACCAACAUUGUCGCGUUCUGUUCCUCUGUCAUCUAAAAUAGCCCUACCGGGUCCUUUUUCACCAGCUAUUAAUAUGCCUGUUAUAUUGUGUGGUGAUCUCAAUUCAUUACCUGAAUCUGGAGUAAUAGAAUUUCUUACUAAAGGUAGUGUAUCAUUGACACACAGUGAUUUUCUCAACAAUGGUUAUAAGUAUAUGUUUAAAGAUUGGAGACUUUUAGAGAAGUGGGCUAUAGAUGGCAAUUCUCUAAGGCAUCGUUUCACCUUUGAUCGUGCUUAUCAGGAUUCUGAGGGCAUGUGUUUAACAAAUUUCACGUAUGACUUCAAAGGGAUGAUAGAUUAUGUUCUCUUUACGCGACAACACUUCCGACUUUUGGGCAGUCUGGAUCAAAUAUGUGAACCAUGGUUUCAAGAAAAGAAAAUACUUGGUUGUCCACACGUUCAUAUACCAUCUGAUCACUUUGCUCUUCUAGUAGAGUUGGAACUAAUGCCGACACCACUUUUGUCAAAUUCAUACAGGAACCGAUGUACCAGUGGUGAAACUGAUACUUUCACCAAUGAUGUUAAUGAGAAACGACACGAUGACACCAACGGUAAUUCGCGUACAUCAAGUAAACCAGAAAACAUAAUGUCUAUAAAUAAUAAUUCUUGUUUCACAGACCUCACUUCAACCAAUGAUGAUCUUUCAAAUAAUAACAAAUCUUGGAAACACUCACCAAAACAUUUUGAUACUUUCCAAAAGUUUUGAUCUCUUUCAGCUUUUCUUCCCAUCCAGUUUGUACAUUCCUCUGUCAGGUUGUCUCUUUAAUAAAUACACUUUCCUAGUUGGUUAUGUUUGACCAUUGUCCAGGAAAACGCGCAGAUCUAGUCUAUAUUUUGUUCUCCUCUUCCUCCUUCUUUUUUUUCAACGACUUCUGUCAAUAUUUUAUGUCUGAAAUCAUAAUAUCAUCGCCACUACUGUUACAGUUUCCUUUUUAGACUAUCAAUAUUAUUGAUUGUUUUAAAGAACCAAAGUUUUAUAUUUGAUUUGAUAAUAUUAAUUAUUUCAUUAAGUAGUUAAUUUCUAAUAUAUAGAUAUUUAAUCCCUUGUUUUCAUCAUGAACAGAUCUUUUAUAUCCUCGUAAAGUUUUUGCCGUUGUGUUACUUACUGUCAUUACAGUUGCAUAUAUAUAUAUAUAUAUAUA